AUGAUGAACAAACUUUUGAGAAUCAAGGACAUGCUGCUUGACAUCGGCACAGAGGAAGGAUGCAAGUGGCGUGGACACAUUUACAACCUGCAGGGGUACGUCCACUUCAAGCUGGGGUCCAUUGAAGAAGCCAGGAGUUUCUUCAGCAGAGCAGCGGAGACCUUCAGGAAGAUGAAAGGAGCAGAGGAGGGUCCCUGGCUGGUGGUGACCUACGGGAACCAGACCUGGCUGCACCACCAUCAGGGAGAACAAGAAGAGAGUCUGGUUUUUCUGUCAAAGAUCGACGGCCUGAUGACUGAGGAUCCAUCGCAGGACGAGCUGCACCCGGAGACCUGUUCUGAAAAGGCCUGGACUCUGAUGAAGUUCAGCGGAGAACAGAAGCUUCUGGCAGCUGAUUACUUCCAGAGAGCCAUCCGGAUGCAGCCGGAUAUGGUGGAGUGGCAGACCAGGGUUCUGAGAAACCCUGUCAGCAGCUACAGUGGAAUCAAACCUUUGCUGUGGUUUUACAGAAUCUUCACCUCCUCGGAUGAUGAUGGUGAUCAGCACGAGGAGAACACCGUUAGAUUUGCGGCCAUGCAAAGACAGGUUAAGGCCAUUGAGCCGGUCAAAAAUAUCCACCAAAUAGGAGAGAGAGACAAGCCACAUGGCAUCAUCCAGGUGCUUCGCCAGAUCUGUUUGACUUUCAGUCAAAAACAACUUUACCUCCUCUCGCAGCUCAUACAGCCGUUGUAA